AUGUCGAGGAAAGUUCCUCACGCCGCCUUCGUCGAGGAAUAUGAUGAGGAAACCCAUGUUAGCCUCCCGGAAACUCGUCAAGUUGCCAACGCCACUGCAAAACGCUCCAAGGCAGACAUAAGGAAGCCGGCCAGGGAGCCCUUCGUCGAGGCUGCCAGUGAUUCAGGCUACUCGAGUCGCACUGCCGCCACCGUCAACAGCGCCCAAUCUGUCCCGCCGGCCCAGAAGACUCCGGUCCCUCUUAAGGUCGACACCUCGCACAAAAGAACCGAGCUUGAGCGAGUUCGUUCGCGAACAAAAGACCGGCCCAAAGAACGGCCGCGGGAUCGCAGUGCUCGUCCAUCACGCGACGACAAGAUGCACGCGGGGCCCUUUUCGGCUGGAUAUCCCCCGGUCCACGUUCCACGAUCUCCAUCACGAUCCCAAAGACCCGAGCAGAUCUAUACUCAACAGUAUCCGAGAAGCCAUUGGGAUACUGACCGUGGCCUAUACCAUGCGUCAACACCUGUUGAGCCACGACAACGGGAAUACCGGUACCACUCUUCGCAAGGGUCUUCUUAUGACUUCCCUCCACCGUCGCCGUCGCCCCACACAUCGCGUUACCCCCCAUCGGCCGUCGUCCAGGUCUCGCAGAGUAACCGCCCGCCAGGUCGGAGUGCUCGUUCGAAUUCCUAUCAUGCCAACAGUCGCCCUGUGAGCUUUCACGGGAUGAUGCCGCCCAUGAACGGGAUGAUGUACAGUGGGUCUCCGAUGGACCGAUAUGGCCACGGUCCGCCUCUGUCCUCCUCAGCUUACUCCAAUUCUCCGGUGUAUCCUCCGGCGCCUCCUUCGCUCUACUCUCAGCAGUCAUCUUACUAUCCUUUUCCCGGCGCCGCCAGCCCACCUGAACUUCACGAACGUUCAUUGUCCCGGCCUAGGGAGCAACAACGUUCUCGACGUCCGUCUGUGUUCGAGCCUCCCCCGAUUGAUUAUGGUACAUCUGAGGAAGAAGAAGAGGAUGACGACGAGGACGUGGAAGAAGAACCGCCGGAGCCAACCCCACCUCCCCCACCUCCCGGACCGCCCCGUCAGGCCCGACCACGGCUCCCAUCCCAUUCCCGUAGCCGUGGCGAGGAAGACUACUACCAGUACCAAUCGAUGCCACCGCCACCAGCACCAGCCAAGAGCAGGGCCCCUCCAACCAUCAUCCAGAAACAGAAGCGACCUGAGUUACCGCGAAACCCAGCAACCACUGCGUCUGUAAUGUCUGAGCGUCGUCCUUCGCGAUCUCUUGACAUGACGGACCUUCGAGAUGUUCUACCCGAGUAUGGAUACCGCGGGCCAGGCGGACAAACUGUGAUACCUGAGCGGAACCGGAGUCUCCGACGUCCCUCCGUCGCUUACCACGACUCCGCCAGGCCAGGCGGUCCCCAGGUUGCUGUGGAGAACUCGACUCGGCGACGUCGGCCACCCACUGUCUACAACUACUCCCCGAGUGACGAACUCGAGGAGAAACAACGUGAUGUGGAGGAAUACCAGGCAUCGCAGUCCAGCAAAUCCUCAGCCGUCCCAAUGUCUCUGAGCGAUGCGUUGUUGAAGGCCAAGGCGAAUUCCCAGCAUGCUGGGAGUGAUAGCGGCAGUCAAAAGAGUCGGUCAGCCAGCAGCCGAGGUAGCGGCAGUGAUGCUCGGACUCGGUCUGGUGGAAGCGGUGUUUUGACUACGACUCGGCCACCUGAAGACGACGAUAACAUUAUCAUGACGAUGAACGGGGUCACGAUGAGCUUUACCCAAGAGUCUGUGGGAGGCAAGCGCAUCAGCGUGCGGACCGGCCAAACUGGAGCUGUUGAGUUGAAUAUCGAAGGAAAGCGCCCCAAGAAAUACUUGACGGGUGGUUCCGAAUAUACAACCACUAGCAAUAACUCUAGGAAAGGCGACCGCAAGUCUGACCGCGCCAGCCGCCGCUCUAGUCGCUCAACGUACACCGGCGGUCGUUACUAG